GUUUUACAAAAACAACAAAUCCAUAAGUGUGAGGGGAUUAAAGGUUGAAUUGUUGGGUUGUGAGACAAUAAAACAAUUUACUUUUGGUGAUAGAGCUCAAAACUCUCAAGGAAAUGUAUUUUUAUUUCAUUAAGUGAUAAAGGAAAAGUUUUCUAUUGGCUUUUCUAACGAGUGCUGUAUUAAAGAAGUGGGUCAGAGAAAUAAAAUCAUUACCCGAAGAAAUCAAUAACAUUUUCUAUCGCAUUUUUUAUUCCACGACAAAUCAAUUGCCAUAAAGGGACAGUUUAAAAAAUUUAAUUGUGGAAGAGUUAGAGAAAAAGGUCAAGACAGGAUUACAAAGUGCUGUUGUUUGUAAAUUUAAUUAAACGUGAAAGCAUUGCGAGUUUUAGAGAGAUUAUAUGAUGUUCCUGCAACCAUUCCCAACAUACAAUCAACGGAUUUCGCUAAAGAUGGCCAAUCGUCCCGUCAGUGCAAUGUCACGCCAUGAAUCGGAUAUGGUGAACAAGAGUCGGAGGGCUCUUGUGGAUGGACGCGAAAAGGAUUCGAUUGAGAAGUUGAGGCUCAUGUGCUUAGCUCGUGGUGCCACGGGGAUCCUUGGUUUGGGCAGAACUUUUCGCCGGAUGGACGAUGAUGGGAACAAAUCGUUGAGUCGUGAGGAAUUCUACAAAGGCCUUAGGGACACAGGGUUGGAUGUUAAUGAUGAGGAGGGUGAUGAUUUAUUUCACAAAUUCGACACCGAUGGGAAUGGAUCGAUUAAUAUGACAGAAUUUCUUGUUGCCUUAAGGCCCGCCAUGUCCGAAGGUAGGACAAAUAUAAUUCAACAAGCAUUUCAGAAGCUCGAUAAAACUGGUGAUGGAGUCAUUACACUAGAUGAUCUUAAGAAUGUGUAUUCUGUAAAGGCCCAUCCUAGAUAUAUGAGUGGUGAGGAGACAGAAGAGUCCAUAAUGAAGAAGUUCCUUGCCAAUUUUGAAGUGGGUGGAGUCGUGGAUGGGCGCGUGACGAAAGAAGAAUUUCUGAAUUAUUACGCUUCAGUGUCAGCAUCGAUAGAUAAUGAUGCGUAUUUUGACUUGAUGAUGAGACAAGCUUACAAAUUGUAAAGCAUUUCACGGGGAAAAGAUCGUUGAACUUUAACCAAAGGAUUUUUGAUGACCAAGUCUCUACACUAACUGCCUUUGAAAUUUAAUGUUAUUUAUAGCAUUCAUCUAUAUGCAAAA